AUGGGAGCUGUUGGUUUAGUUUUGGUGAUUACCGGGUUAAUUCAGAAAGUCAUGAGCGAUGAAUACUAUUGUCUUAUUGUGCAAAUACCAUUAGGACUUUUCGUAGUCAUCUGGUUCAUCAUUGGCAAUGUUUGGGUUUUUACUGCGAAGAAGACAGUUCAAUUUUCUGAUCCUACUAAUCCAGCUACUUACUGUCAUAGUGCAGUGUUCAACUGUGCUUUUGUCACUAUCAUCAUCACUUAUGUCUCGUUAUGCUGUGGAAUAUGUGGUGAAAUAUGCAUCCGUAAUUGA